UAAAGAUAGAGGAAAAAAAGAUGAAAACAGAAGCCUCAACAUCAUCAGCAGCUGGUUCUUAUCAUCGACUUGAUGAUUAUGAAGUUAUUAAUGAUGAUAUUUCAAACAAAAUUUUUACGAGUGAUUCAGAUGACUCUCGUCUCAGACAGUUGGGUUACAAACAAGAACUCUAUCGUGGCCUUUCGUUCAUUGCCAACUUCUCUAUUACAUUCACCAUUGUAUCAGUUCUUACGGGCAUAUCCACAUUAUACAACCAGGCCUUAGCUUUUGGUGGGCCUAUAACUCUUGUUUACGGUUGGCCCAUAGUUGGAUUAAUGACACUUAUUGUGGGCCUGGCCUUGGCUGAAAUAUGUUCAGCUUAUCCAACUUCAGCUGGGCUUUACUAUUGGAGUGCUAAAUUGUCUGGAAAUUACUUCGGCCCAUUUGCUUCUUGGAUUACUGGCUGAAAUAGCAUCUCUACUUUCUCAAGGGUAAGGGUAGGACUGCGUAAUACACUAUUCUCCCCAGACCCCACAUAUGAAAUUACUCUGGGUUUAUUGUUGUUGAUAAUGCUUGCCUGAGAUGAAUUUUAAUCGAAAAACAUGUUUACCGAAGUUUUAUAUAACCGACCCAACUUAUUUGAGAUUGAGAUGUAAUUGCUUUUAUUAUUGUUGUUGUUGUCGCCACCAUCGUCGUCGUCGUAGUAGUAUUCUAGAUGCUUAGUAUGUGAUUAAAAGUUGAUGGCUCGUGUAGGAAUUAUGUAUGAAUUGAUACUUUGAUGCAUGAAAGUGUAAUUCAUUCAACCA